CCUCUUGCUUGGCAAUGCGUGUACGUCAAUAGACGUAACGUAAUUUCAACAAUUUUUUGUUUGUAUUUUGUGUUCGUGUUGCUUGUGGAUUGUUUAUUCUGACUGGGACUUUCAUCAGCUUGGCUCGUAAAUUGUGUGACAUAAAUAUAUAUUGUUCAAGCUUGUGAUUUACCAUGGCCACUUUGGAAGAUAAAAUUUUGGGUGAGAAACUCCACAAUUACUGUAGUAGCAGUGAAGAUGAGGGUGACUCUGACGAUGAUAGGAGUGGUGAUGAGGAAGGGAAUUCACCACAGAGGAAUGUUGCGAAGGUAUCGGAGCCUGCGCCAGUCAACAGUUGGUCAGGAACUGCGACCAACACGGGCCCGAAAGGCGUUAUUGAAGAUUGGCGAAGAUUUAAGCAACUCGAAGCUGAAAAUCGCAAAGAAAUGGAAAAAGAACGCGUAGCACUGGCUAAAAAACUUACUUUGUCCGUUAAAACUGAACGGGAAGAAGCGCAGGAUAAGGAGAUUGCAGAAUUAGAGGACGAGCUUGGUGAGCUUAUGAAUGAUGACUUUCUUUUACAAUAUCAGAAGAAAAGAAUGCAAGAGCUUAUGGAGCAGUUGCAAAAGGUUCCCAAGUUUGGCAAAGUUAUAACCCUCAACUCGCAAGACGAAUUUCUGAACGCUAUUGAUAAAGAAGAUGACAAAGUUAAGGUGGUUGUACACAUUUACAGUACAAAUUCACGUGCUUGUGAAACUAUGGAUGGAUGUUUAAAAGUUUUGUCGGCUGAUUAUCCAACCAUAAAAUUCUGCCGCAUAGCAGCAGACACUGCUGGUUUAAGUCGUCAUUUUCGUGUUGAAGGAGUACCUGCAAUUUUAGUGUACAAAGCAGGCCAAAUUAUUGGUAAUUUUGUCCAAUUGGCAACGGAGCUGGGCAAUGAUUUCUUUGCUACUGAUGUGGAGAGAUUCCUUAUAGAGUACGGAAUGUUACCGGAAAAGUAGUAUAUUUCGUAUUUUUAUUAAUUAUUAUUAAGCUUACACUCAAUCCAUCAUGCGUCCUACAGAUACAUGGUAUCCCUAAUGAUUUUGAUGUUGAUUGUAGUAUUCUAGAGCUACAAUGUGUCUCUAAUGCGCAGGUGUCGUAUCAUCCAGCAUUUUUUGAAAAUUUUACAAUUUUUUUUACCAAAACAAUUAGGGACACCGUGUGUCUCCAGGGCAUGUGUUUGGUUAAUUAGUAUUAUCUUAAUAAUUUAAUUUAUUGCAUUCAGUGUGUUAUGUUCAGUGUUUUUUGUUGUUGGAUAACAAAAAACUACAAAAAAUAGUAACUACGUUGAUAAUCAAGAGAAACCUUCUAAAAAUGCAUUUAUGUGUCAUGAAAUUCAAUAUACCUGUAAUAUAUUCAUUAAAAUGGUAAUUUUCGCAAAGUGAUGAAAAGAUAUACAGUUUUUGUAGGAGACAAAUUACAUAUUCAAUAUAUGAUUAACAGCUCUUCCAAAUAUAGUAUAACACUGU